GAAGCAAAGUAAUGCUUGGCCAGGUUAGGCAUGGCGCUUGACCCGGCUUCAGGAAGUUCGCAAGAGAUAGCGGAUAGACUCGAAUGAGGGAAUCCACGAAGCUGUGAACGAAAUUGACUGCAAAGCACACACCUGGCAUCGAGCAUUCUCGCCUACAGCGCCAUGUUGCUGCCCGGUGUUGUGGCCUUCCCCUUACGGCAGCUCUUCAAGCUUGGCCUGAUUAUUAUUCAGGCAGUGUUCCUGCUAUAUUUCAUUUACGCAGCAUACGAUAUCCGCUUGCAUGCAAUCAAGACGUUCGGGCACAUCAUUCAUGAGUUCGACCCGUGGUUCAACUACCGUGCAGCAGAAUACUUAGCUCAGCAUGGCUUGAAGAAGUUCUUCCAGUGGUUCGACUACAUGUCCUGGUAUCCGAUCGGGCGCCCCAUAGGCACCACGAUCUAUCCUGGGAUGCAGAUCUGGGCAGUAGCAAUCUGGGAGGCUCUCAAGCACGUCCCACAAACCAAGGUCUACCUGGCCUUCAUACCUCCCCUGCGUCCACUAGCGAACUGGGCACGAAGGCACGACUGGCCUUUCAUCCCAGCGCCGCUAAAGUCCAGCCUGGAGAUUGGUCCCAUGAGCGUGAACGACAUUUGCUGCAUGAUUCCUCCGUGGUUUGGUUCGCUGGCAUCGAUUUUCACCGGCCUUUUGGCAUAUGAAAUCUCCCGCAGCGUGAAUGCUGGACUGAUGGCCACAGGAAUCAUGGCGAUCAUUCCUGCCCACAUUAUGCGAUCCGUGGGUGGCAAGUUCGACAACGAGGCUGUAGCCAUGACUGCCAUCGUCAUGACGUUUUGGCUAUGGCUCUUGUCCAUCCGUACUCCAAAAUAUUGGCCCAUCGGCAUCUUCACUGGCCUCUCUUACAUUAACAUGGUCGCAGCUUGGGGCGGCUACAUUUUUGUCCUCAACAUGAUUGGCGUCCAUGCUCUCAUGCUGGUACUUCUUGGCCGCUUCAACAGUGGCGUGCACAAGGCCUACUCCAUCUUCUUCUUCGUCGGCACGCUGGGCGCGAUUCAGAUCCCUGUGGUGGGCAUGCAACCCUUGCGGUCCCUGGAGCAGAUGGGGCCUCUCUUGGUCUUCAUUGGCUAUCAGGUACUGGCCUUUUCCGAUUUCAUGCGCCACAAGAAGAAGAUGGGCACCAUGGAAUUCGUCAAAUUCCGCAUCAUGAUGUGUAUCCUCGCAGGCCUUGCUUUGAUUGUGGUUGCUGUUCUGCUGUAUCCCACCGGGUAUUUUGGCCCGCUGUCCUCGCGCAUCCGCGGACUCUUCGUGAAGCACACCAAGACAGGCAACCCGCUCGUCGACUCCGUGGCAGAGCACCAGCCAGCCAAUCCAAGGAUAUACGCAACUCACCUGGGCUUGCCCCUGGACUAUGCGCUGCUGGGUGGCCUCAUUUGCCUGUUCCACCGCAAUAAUGGCUUCUAUUUCAUGUGCCUCUAUGGGUUCAUCGCCUCGCAUUUCUCGGGCAAGAUGUCCCGCUUGGUGCUGAUUUGCGGCCCUAUCGUCUCUGUGACUUGUGGAAUUUGGUGCGGCUUCCUUUUGGACCAGGUCCUUGAACCGUUCCUUCUUCUGCUCGGCAAGAAGGGCUUUGUCGCGAAGAAACUUUCACCAGCUGGAAAUGCUCCACCCGUGUCUGGAGAUGGGAAGUCGGGCAAAGCGGGCAAGACAGACAAGGCCAAGCCUGCUCGAAAGGAGGGUAAAGAUGGCAAGGAAGCGAAGAGGCAGGACAACAUUGAGUUGGAAGAGUAUGAAGAGGAGUUCCGGCCGGGUGGCGCGAUGCAAAUAAAGAGAAUGGUGAAGAGCUACUACGUGAAUAUGUAUUCCGAGGGCAGCCUGAAAGACUUCCAGAUCUUCCGUGAAAAGCUGGAUACCAGCCUUCCCUUGGUGCUGCUGCGUGCUGUUGCGGCUGUGGCCUUUGUUUUCUACAUGCUGACGCUCAGUGGCAUGAGGACAGCCGUGCCUGAGUACAUCGAGCAUUGCAAAACCAUCGGGGAGCACGUGGCAAGCCCCACCGUGAUGUAUGCGGUGAAGCAAAAGGACGGGAGCAACUACAUUGUUGAUGACUACUACAAAGGCUACAAGUGGAUUGAGGCAAACACACCCGAAGAUUCAAGAGUGAUGGCAUGGUGGGACUACGGCUAUCAAAUCACCGGCAUUGCCAACAGGACCACCAUUGCAGAUGGCAACACUUGGAACCACGAGCAUAUUGCCACGCUGGGGCGCACGCUCACCAGCGAGGUGAAGCGUGCGCACAAUGCGAUUCGGCACCUGGCGGACUACGUGCUAGUUUGGGGCGGUGGACAGCGGGAUGACCUGGGGAAGUCACCACAUCUUGCCAGGAUCGGGAAUUCGGUAUUUCCAGACCAUUGUGGAGACGACGAUCCCAAAUGCAUGAAAUUUGGCUUUUACCAAGACCGGUCGCCAACACCCAUGAUGGAAAAGUCGCUCCUGUACAAACUUGUGGAGCACAACGUCAAGAAAGGAGUCAAAGUCAAUGAGAAGUACUUCAAACAUGUCCACACCACCAAACAUGGCCUGAUGCGAAUUUACGAAGUGCAGAACGUCUCACAGGAAAGCAAAGACUGGGUCGCGGAUCCAAAGAAUCGGCUGUGUGAUGUACCUGGCUCAUGGUAUUGUCCGGGGCAGUACCCGCCCGCUCUUAGCAAGCUCAUAUCGAAGAGGCGCAAUUUUGCACAGAUCGAGGACUUCAAUCGCAAGGGGGAGAAAAGCGCCUACACGCGCCUCAUCGAGAAGGAGAAGGGCGAGCUCUGAACUGGAGACAAGAGCUGAAAUGAAACCGGAAGGCAUGUUGCUCACAAAUUGUUUGGAGUGGUGGAAGUUAUUGAACC